GUGAAGCAGCACUGCGCGAACGAGCGCCUUUUAAGUGACUGAAAGCUUUUAAUUUAGAAUACUGUUACAAAACAAAACACACUUCAGAAAAUUGAAAAUUAUUUACUUACUAGAAGCUUAUUUUGCUUACGGGACUUAAUAUACUGAAAAACCGAACCUCAGAUUAUAACUUUCGGUGACGUAAAGUAUGGCAUUGACAUCGAGGAAUUAGUAUUUCCCAUUUUACACGUAACGAUUUACAUAAUUAAUUGGUUUUUAUUUAUUAUUUUCUGUAUUAACGGUGCCUACAAGAGUGCAACAAGCAACGAAUACUAUUGUAUAAGUUGCCGAGAUUGGAAUGGAAUGUAGCUAUGUGAGAGAAGGCGAAGAGCAAUGAUGGGGGUUCAGCCUUUGGAGACCGGGUGUGAAAGUGGAGAGCCACUGCCUGAUGCCACCCACUGGAAGGAGUUCGUGUGCGGCGGCGGCGCCGCCUUCUGCAACAUUAUCAUUAGCUACCCUCUUAACAAACUCAUAUUUAGACAGAUGAUGCAUGGAGUUGAAACAACUUUUGCCUUAAAUCAAUUACAAAAAGAAGGUGCAGCAUAUCUAUACCGUGGGAUGCUGCCACCCCUCUUGCAGCGCUCUGUGUCCAUGUCACUCAUGUUUGGAGUGUACAAUGAAGUUCUGCAACCUCAACUGAACUACUGCGUCAAUCCUUACGUUGCCAAGACUGUAGCGGGCUUGGUGGCUGGUUGUGUUGAAGCAACCCUGAUGCCAUUUGAAAGGAUUCAAACUUUACUUAUCCACCCUAAAUUUCAUAAGGAAUUCAAAAACACAGCACAUGCAACUCGUCACAUUGCAGGUAGGUAUGGGAUUAAAGAAUUUUACAGAGGGCUAACUCCCAUAUUGAUGAGAAAUGGUCCCUCAAAUGCUAUGUUUUUUAUAAUACGUGAUGAAGUACGGCUGCUAUUACCACCGCAAGAGCGAGUUCUGUAUAAAAGCCUUCAGGACUUCCUUGCUGGCGCAACUAUUGGUGCUAUUCUGAGUACUUUAUUUUAUCCCCUCAAUGUCAUUAAAAUUGCAAUGCAAUGUGAAUUAGGAGGACCUCAUAGGACAGUGGCAUUUGAAUUUAGAUAUAUUUUACGCAAAAGAGGCUCUAAAUUUGCAAAUUUCUACCAUGGAGCUGUUCUUAACAUUUCUAGAGCAUUCUUAAGUUGGGGAAUAGUAAACGCUUCUUAUGAGGUGUUUAGGAGAAUGCUUUAUGCCUAGUAUUGCCUAGUCAGCUGUUAUUGUAUGCAUUAGUGUUGGAUGCUUCACAACAAUCACAACUUCACUCAACCUCAACAUUAUUGUGAAAAAAAUUAUUAUUGGAAUUUGUUACAUAUGUAACUUUCUAUUGGUAACAUCAAAUUUUUUGUCUGUCUGGUUAACUGAAGUACUGUAUUUGCUAAUGAUUGAAUAGAAAUUGUUAGAUUGUUUUAAAUCAUACUGACAUAACUUAUCAGCAGAGCUGUAAAUCAUUUAUAUAUCUGUUUAGCUCCAUUUGCUGUAUACCAUCAGAGAAUAGAGAUAUCUUUUUGUAGCAAAAAAAAGUGCUUGAACCAUCGAUAAAUCUGUUAUCGAUAAGUGUUGUACAGUCAUAGAUUAAUAAAUAGAAAAGCAUAUAAUGAAGAAGUUUCAAGACUUUAAAUAUAGUUGGUCAAGCAAAUAUUAUCAGUAGAAAAACGCGAAACUCAAAUUUUCUAUGGGACGAUAUCCCUUCGCGCCAACUUUUUUUAAAUUUGCCGCCUUUUUCUACUGACAAGAUUUGCUUGACCAACUAUAGUGUAAAUGAUUUAUAGCCUGUCCGAUUUCUAAGAUCAAGUUCGCCAUAGAUUCACUAUGGCGUACUGUCAGUAGGUAUAACAACAGUGCCAAAAUCACAAAAACUCCCAAUAUAUUAAAGAAGAUAGCGGACGUAUGCUGUACUUAACGUUAGAAAUUUUCUAUAACGUUAGGAUAACAUCGAUAACAUACAAGUCGAUAUUUCAUUUUGUGAAUCCCUCGUUUUGCCAGGAAAAGUUCUAUGUCUGGUUAUUAUAGUUCAAUCAACCAGCAGUCCAGCACGUCCAGCGCAACUGGACGCCUGACUGAGGGAAUAGUGACCGGUGAGUUACUUUUCCUAUCUCUUUCUAACUAGUAUUGUGCGAUAGUGUCAGAUGAUGCUCACGCGGCUUUUGUCAUGGUCAUGGCGGCCAGUUGUAGUAUUCCUGCAUAGUAACAAUCUGCUGCUACUAGAAGCUAAUUUUAAACUUGUGCAAGUUUGAUAAUUAAGCGAGGUUUAAACUAAACCUCGCUUUAGACUAGCAAGAACUUCCAUGCAAUUUUCAUUACAUUGCGGUAUCUGAUAAACAUUCUGAAUGCAGUUUACCUUACUGCUUACUUACUUACUGCUAGCCUUUCUCCGCAGACGUCUAGUCUGGUUGCCCUUGGCAUAGGCCUCUCCCAUAUUCCUCCACGAGUCCCUGCCUGAACUCGUCUUCCCAUCUCAUUUUUUGUCUUCCAUCAUCCCUUUUUCCGUCUCUUGGGUACCAUGUUGUGAUGUCUCUUGACCAUUUUUCUCUUUUGUCUCGGAGCAUGUGACCGGUCCACUUCCAUUUUAGUUUUUUCAUAGUGUGGUUUAUGUCGAUUAUUUUUGUUCUCUUUCUAAUGUCCUCCAGUUUUAUUCUAUCUCUAAGUUUUAUAUUCAACAUGCUUCUUUCCAUACUAUUUUGGCAGACUUGGAGAGCUUUCCUCUCCUUGACAGUUUACCUUAGUAGUCAGCAAUGUAACGUAAAUUGCAUGCAAGUUCUUGCUAGUCUAAACCUCAUUUACCUCGCUUUAAUUGACAGAAUUACUGUCAUUGUAUUCUGUCUUUUUCUUAAUUUAUUGUAUGUUGUAUAAUCUAAGCAAGACCUUGUGGUGCUGUUGUAUAUAUAUUUAUUAGGUGUGUUAUUGCACAGUUUAUUUUAAGUAGCAAUGUUUUUUAACAAAAGGCAUUUAUGUUGAUAUUAUAUGUAAAUAUCGUCCGUUAUUGUUAUGCAUAGUAAUAACAUAUCUACCUUAACUUAAACAAAUAUUAUGUGAAUGAUUGAUAUUGUUGAUCAUUUCUACCAAUGUACAAACGAUUAUUCCAAAUAUUGAUUCAGUUAAGUGAAAAUGCCCUUUUUUCCAAAAUCAAUCUUAAAACGGCAGUAUUAUUGUAUACCUACUAUAUAGUUCGUUUGCGUUAAGAAUGCAGUAAAAUCAUCAUUGUCCGCCGGCCUAAAAUGCCAAUACCUACUUAAUAUUAUAAUGCCCAGUAGACCUCAGGUUACAUAAGUGAGCCACAGCAAAUACCAGGGAACAUUGGGAAAAUUAAAAAUCAUACAUAAAUGUGUAAGACCGAAUCGUUAAUUACCUAUGGGUACAGAUAAAACCUGGGCUAACUGUUUACAUGUGUAUUAUUUUGUAUUACUAUGUUCUUAGGGUAUGGUCUGAGGGUAUUUUUACGCCAUAUCUGAUAUAAGAAGGUUUUACAUUUUUAUUUUAUUUUAGGGACCUUAUGAUGCUUUCAGUAUAAUUUGACCAAACCUAUCGAGCUUAAUUUGCGACUAUUUCACCGAAUCCUUGGUACGAUUAUUACGAUUUAAAGAAACAAAAGGUUAAUAUGCUGCCAAAACAUGUUUUCUAAGUGUCCUCUUCAUGAUUGCUCAAUUGGGCAUCCACAGAAUAAACGUAGUUAAUUUUUACUUUUACAUAAAACCCGGCCAAGUGCGAGUCGGACUCGCGCACGAAGGGUUCCGUACCAUUACGCAAAAAACGGCAAAAAAUCACGUUUGUUGUAUGGGAGCCCCACUUAAAUAUUUAUUUAAUUCUGUUUUUAGUAUUUGUUGUUAUAGCGGCAACAAAAAUACCUACAUCAUCUGUGAAAAUUUUAACUGUCUAGCUAUCACGGUUCAUGAGAUACAGCCUGGUGACAGACGGACAGACAGAGGAGUCUUAGUAAUAGGGUCACGUUUUUACCCUUUGGGUACGGAACCCUAAAAACUACUUUUUAUGCAACAUUUUGGAUUCCCGCAAUUUUCUGACGCAAGCGGAAUGAGGGAGACAGCUUAAAGAAUGUACCAGCCAACAUUCA